AUGAAUAUUUGGUUGAUUCUAAUUUGUACGGUUGUGUCAUCGCUGUAUGCCCUGUUGAAAUUUAAGAGCACCUAUUGGCAGCAGAAGCGAGUACCACAAUUAAGUGACGGAAUAUGGGGAAAUAUACGCCGCCUAACCUCCAUACAUAACGCCGAUUUGUGGCAGGAGGUGUAUGACAGGUUUAAGGGAAAAUCUCCCCUGGCCGGCACCUACAUCUAUACCCGACCCUUUGCGGUGAUCUUGGAUUUGGAUUUAGUUAAACACGUUCUGAUCAAGGAUUUCCAUUCGUUUACGGAUCGUUUCACCAACCCUCACAGCAAAGAUAUUUUAAAUCAGCACCUCUUCAAUGCGGACAGCACCAUAUGGAAGGGCUUGAGAAUGAAGCUGACGCCCACAUUUACAUCGGGAAAAAUGCGUUUCAUGUUCCCCUCCCUGGUGGAGGUGUCUCAGCAAUAUGUCGAGACCCUGCAGUCGGAAUUGCAAAAGAAAUCCGAUGGCAUUUUGGAAAUGUACGACUGGAAUGGUCGCUUUACCACCGAUGUUAUUGGCAGUGUAAUUUUUGGUAUUAAAACUAAUAGUAUUCGCAAUCCGAAUGCGGAAUUUCGGCAAAUUGGCCAGAAGGCAUUUGGGGCGGAUCGACCCAAUAUCAAAUGGUCGCUGGCGAAAAAUAUGUAUAUGAAAUAUUUAAAAUAUGUGGGUAUACGACGUUUCAAUCCCAUUCUGGAGCGAUUCUUUUUGAGAAUUGUCAAUGAUACGGUGCUGGAGCGGGAACGGCGGAAUAUUCAUCGCAAUGACUUUAUUGAUAUUUUAAUUGAGCUGAAAAAUCAAAAGGAUGAGAAUGGUCAACCUUUGCUAAGUCUGGAAUUGGUGGCAGCCCAGUUGUUUGUCUUCUUUGUGGCCGGGUUUGAGACCUCAUCGAGUAACAUGAGCUAUGGUCUCUAUGAAUUGGCCAAGAAUCCCGAAAAACAAGAUAUUCUAAGGCAAGAAAUUGUGGAGGUGCUAAAGAAACACAAUAAUCAGUUGACCUAUGAGGCCAUGAUGGAAAUGUCCUAUUUGGACCAGGUGAUAUCUGAAACCCUACGCCUCCAUCCAGCCUUGGCAAUUUUACAGCGGGUCUGUAUGGAAGAUUAUCAGGUGCCCGAUACAGAUAUUGUUUUGGAAAAGGGCACCGCUGUGGCCAUACCCGUCCAAGCCAUACACUAUGAUCCGGAGAUUUAUGAAAAUCCUUCGGCAUUUAUACCAGAACGUUUUGAACAUAACGAAGUACAGAGUCGUCAUCCUCAAUCGUUUUUGGGUUUUGGUGAUGGCCCCCGCAACUGUAUUGGCUUGCGGUUUGGUCGUAUGCAAGCCAAAGUCGGCCUUAUUAGUUUAUUAUCGAAUUUUCGAUUCUCUGUUUGCCAUAAGACUCCCCAACAUUUGGAAUGUUCGAACUAUAGUUUUGUGUUGAUACCUGGUAAGGGAGUGUGGUUGAAGGUGGAUAAAUUGUAG